AUGGCUGCUCGCGAUGCGCCCAAACCGCAGAUCGACCGUCAAAAGACCACACCUUUCCACCUGAAGCUCUUCUACCGCGUGGACUCCUUCCACCCACUAUCCGACUUUGCCAUUCCCUCAUCGCCAUCUUCCUACAAUGGGCCGACCAGCGAAUUAACCCAGCUCCUCACCUCGGCAUUACCAUCCCUCCUGCCCGAUCCCGCCGUCGGGACACGCAUAUGCUUCCGGCUGAUCUACCCGGACACCAAGGGCGCCGCGACAAUGGGCGGCGACGCGCGAGGGCGAUACCUGAGCAAGGACAUGGGGAGUGUGGUCGUUGGACCGAAGGAUAGUCCGUACCGGGGCGAGAAUGACGACGAGAAUGGGGCCAGUGCUGCGUCGGGGCCCGACUUUCGUUUCGUGAUUGGGGACUACGUGGAUUGCGCGAUCCUGCCGCCGCUUGAGGACGGCUCUGUUGCUCCGCCGCUGAUUACAGGGCGAGGGCCGGCGAGCGGGCCCGUUGGAGGGGCAUGAGGGCGUUCCGUGAUCCGGGGUUUGGACGGCCUGGUCGUGGGAGAGGGGAUCGGGGGAUGCCGUCUGGGGAUUGGAGGCGUGGUGAGAG